GUCACUUCCUGGUGCGGGCUUCAUGCCUGUAUUUCAUGAAAGUGUCAAAAAUGAUUCCAUAAAUCGAUUUAUUUUACAUUCCGAUUGAUUUCUUUGAUUAGCUGUAGUGUUUAUCUAUCAGCCAAAGUCAUGGGCGGGUGUCUCAGUCGCUCAAAUAAUGCGGAGGACCCCUCCAAAAAGAGGGCCGGUGGUGCUGGUGUUGUUUUGAACAGUGGGCUGAACAAACCAGAGAAUGGAGUGGCCACAGGCAAUGUUGACAACAAUCAGAUGCCCAGCAGAGUAAAUCCUGGUGCUAAUAUCACUGGGUCAAAUGACUUGGGUCUUUCGAACUCGAAAAUAUUUAUUGCACUUUAUGAUUACGAUGCUAGGACGGACGAAGACCUUAGUUUCAAAAAAGGAGAGCAUCUCGAAAUAUUGGACGAUAAACAGGGCGAUUGGUGGUAUGCAACGUCGCGUUCAACACACUCACAAGGAUAUAUUCCGUCCAACUAUGUGGCAAAAUUAAAAAGCCUUGAAUCUGAACCGUGGUAUUUUGGUAAAAUAAAGCGAAUUGAAGCUGAAAAGAAACUGCUACUGCCAGAAAAUGAGCACGGCGCAUUCUUGAUACGAGACAGUGAAAGUCGACGGAAUGACUUUUCCUUAUCAGUACGAGAUGGUGACACAGUGAAACAUUACAGAAUACGACAGUUAGAUGAAGGAGGUUUUUUCAUAGCGAGACGAGUGACUUUCAGAACGUUAUCAGAGUUAGUGGACCACUACAGCAUAGAUGCAGAUGGCCUCUGUGUGAAUCUGAGAAAACCCUGUACCCAGAUUGAGAAGCCCCAAACUGUCGGCCUGUCAUACAACACGAAAGACCAGUGGGAGAUCCCGAAAGAAUCUUUGAAACUGAUGAGGAAAAUUGGCCACGGACAAUUUGGAGAGGUGUACGAGGGAUUGUGGAAUAAUACGACACCUGUGGCUAUAAAGACUCUGAAGUCAGGUACCAUGGACCCCACAGAUUUCCUUGCUGAGGCACAAAUCAUGAAGAAACUGCGGCACCCCAAGCUUAUCCAGUUAUACGCUGUGUGUACGCAGGAUGAACCUAUUUAUAUCGUGACGGAGCUGAUGAGAAAUGGUAGUUUAUUAGAAUAUUUACAAGGAAAAGGUCGAACUCUAAAACUGCCACAGUUGAUUGACGUUGCGGCUCAGAUCGCAUCUGGUAUGGCGUACCUUGAAUCACAGAACUACAUCCACCGCGACUUAGCUGCUAGAAAUAUAUUGGUUGGUGAUCAAAACUGUGUAAAAAUUGCAGACUUUGGACUAGCUAGAGUCAUAAAGGAGCGUGAAUAUGAAGCUCGUGUUGGUGCUCGUUUCCCAAUCAAAUGGACAGCUCCAGAAGCUGCCAACUAUAACCGGUUUACCAUCAAAUCUGACGUCUGGUCAUUUGGAAUAUUACUGACGGAAAUAGUCACAUAUGGAAGAAUACCUUAUCCAGGUAUGACGAAUGCGGAGGUGUUACAUCAAGUUGAGCAUGGGUAUCGUAUGCCGUGUCCGCCCGGUUGCCCACCAGCACUUUACGAGAUUAUGCUGGAGUGUUGGAAAAAAGACGAACUCGAGCGGCCAACGUUUGAAACAUUACAAUGGAAAUUGGAGGAGUUCUUCUCACUAGCCGGAGGUGAUUACAAGGAGGCCUCCAUGAUUCACUGAAGCUGGACACAUAAUAUUACAGACUUUUAAAGAGAUUAGCUUCAGAAUAUUCACCUCAGGCUGUCUUUCUGCUUUCUUUGCUCUUUAAGGACUGAGAGUACAAAGUGAACUCCAUUUCGUGAGCUACUCAUCCUCAUUGAGGGGUAGUAUAUCUAAAUACAAGCCAGUUGGAGAAAGUUUUAGAAUAUCCAAAGUCAUGGCGCUCUUGACGUUGAAGAUGAAAAAACCUUUGCAUCCUAGGCGUUAAUGUUAUUACAAGACAUUUUCAACUGUAGGCAAGGAAACGCUCUGACCCUCCCGACUUGAAACACUGCAUUUCUUUAAUGUUUUUCAAGAGGUUUUCUGAGAAAGAUGCUUGAAAAAGGGGGUUGGAUUCAUAUAAAGCCACUCUCAGUCUUUAAAGCAGUUUAUAUUGCAGUGGUGCACAAGUAUACAUUCAACAGUCUAUGCUUGCAGUUCAUUUCACGUUACAUGUAGUACUAAAAUCUGUUCACAAAAGACAACUUUCAGCUCAGCGGGUUUCGUCACUUAAUGAGUGCAUUCAGUAGGAUUCCACUAGCUUGUAGAAUCAUUAGUCGAAGCCUGGUGAUACAGCAUGAUUUCAUGCUGCGAUUUAUCACCAGGUCUAGUCAGGCUUUCUGUCUGGAGGGAAAAAUCCCUGAAAGUUGCCGAUAUGCACAGAUUUGGUUUUUGUGCCUGAAAUUCUUGCAUAUGCGCGGAUUGUCUGUUUGAGAUUAGCCCAUGCUCAGGCUUACUUAUGUCAUGUAUGUGUACAGAUUAUUUUGUACCAUUUAUGAUGUAAAAUUGUUCUUCACGGCUCUAGUUGACCUGGGGGAUUGGAUGUUGUAAUCAGAUGGUGUUAAGCGUUCUAAGAAGGUGAUGUAAAUAUAAAUGUGAAAGCACUUCUGGAUGUAAGUCCAUGGGGACUAGAGUCACUGGUCCUAUAUGCUUAGCUAUAAAAACCUGCAUAACGACGGGUAAACUUGUAUGUUAGCUACUGAUAAAAAACAUAACACUCCAUGUUGAAAUACAGAUUUUUGCUGACCGCCUGAACUUGUGUCGAAGGGUUUCAUUUAUUUCCUCUAUAAUCUACAGAAAUGCCUAAUGAAUGAAAUUUUCUCUUGACCUCAACUAAAUGCAUAGUUUUGCAGUUGAAUUAUAAUAUGAGGUCUGCUUGCUUGGCAUAAAAGACUAUUGAGAGGAAAAGGCUAAAAACAAGACACAGGAUAGGUAAAAAAUGAAAAGGAGAAAGACUUUUCUCAAUUCUCUGUUCAGUAACUGUCCGUAAAAUCGUUCUCACUUUUGUCAGACUUCUGAACUUCUAGUGAGAGGUUUCUCAUUUUGUUUCUUUCUUAACGUCGUUAACAUUUUUAUAUAUUUAUUUCGUGCAACAUCUAAGUGUCUGUUCUGGAUCUGGAUCUGGCUCUUGACAUGAAGUGCAACUAGCCAAUCUCUCAGAGGCACUUUUAGAUGUAUUUUGGCAUACCGGUAUAUUUACUGGUUUUUGGGACAAGUAAACUUUGUGAAAAUCUUGUUAAAAUUUGGAUUGAAAACGCUCUGAGGAAUUCCUAUUUCUACUCUCUUCUAUUGCUAAGUUAUGUGGUGUGUUAUUUUCAAGGUGAAACCAAGUCACGCUCUUGUCCUAUUUUUACUUUCUUAAAAAAAUCAUGUGUGGUUUCUUUUUGUCAUCGAGGGUAAAUAAGUGUAAAAAACGCUAUAUUGCUAUGCACUCAUGGCUGAAAUCCUUACACCCCAUUUUAUAGAAAGAAGUCAGGUAGAUGUUGUUCAAACUCAGUACUAUGAUAGUGUUGGUGUUUAUGAUCUAUUUGUUAAACUUUUAUACAUUUCAUUAAAGCUGGUUGUGCUGGCUUGAUAUUUGGCGGUGUAAUUUUUCGACAAUAACACUUGCCAAAGACCAUACAAUGUGUUUUGACAUGUGCCAGGUGGUGACAGGCUUUCAUUCCUGUGUCUUCUAAAGAAAAGGUAAAAUCCAUCGAAUAAGGAAAUGAACACGGAAACUUGGCAGUGAUGAAAGAGUCCUGUGACGACAAAACCGGCGUAACGUAACCAACAUUCACCACCUUGGCCUGUCCUAGGACCUGGUUCUCACUGAGUCUAUAAAGUAAUAUACCGUACUGUGAAGCUGGCUUAAUUCUGCAAAAACAUUUUGAGCACCCGAAUUUGUAAAAUAAAUUAAAUCUAGAUUAGUUUAUUUUAUUUUAAGAAAUGUCUGUUGUCUCAUAACUGUCUUUUUGAAUGGUGACUAUUUGUAUAUCCUUUUAUAUUUUGUAAUUUUGCUUAUUUUUCAUGGCUAUCCAAUGCCGUGACCAUGCAGGUUCAUUUAAAGAAGCAUUAUUACUGUGGAAUGAAAAAAAAUCACUUUUUACUCAAAUUCCCCCAGAGACAUUAAAUACAAAUGGAGAAAGUAUUCAAAGGAGCUCAUGUGAUACCAUUUAAAUUAGAGGCAGCAUGUUAUAUCAUGUUAUCAUUAAAUGGGCCAUGUGAGUUUUUAAGUUUUCUUUGAGAGAUAAUCCUCAUUUGCUUCUUACCAAAUGAGAAACUGACCUUUUCUCCUACCUUUUACUGAGCACCAACAUUUGUCUUGUGGUACCCAAAUUGAGCUCAAAACUCUGGUAUUUAGGGCGAUUUGGUUUGAGUAUUGGCAAAGGAGAUCGAUACAUGUAUAUGAUGAUUCUGCAUUCCUGCAGUAUGUAAAUGUGUAUAAUGUAUUACUCCACGUAUCAAAUUACAUGUACAGCCUGACCUUGAGACGAGAAAGGCUUCUUGCAAACCUUUACUUUCAGUGGUUUAUCAAUGCAAUUCUUCAUCCAUGCCAGUUGAUUGUUUAUCUCUUCGCUAUUGUUCUGGCCAGGUGAUCAUGUAGUGUGGUGAAACUAUCAAAAGAUCUUAUCAAGACAUAGUAUUUCCCUCGAUUUGUUGGUGAUAUUGCCAAUCAUGCCAUCGCAGGGCACAUGGUUGCCCGCUGUCUUUUGUUUUGGUAGUUGUGAUAGCAACCCGACUUUUGAGGUGAAAUCUUGGGGAAAUGCCAGGCAUUGUCACUGUAAUGUUUUGCAUUUGAUGGGAUGGGUGUUUAAGUGUUGGUCGAUCCUGCUUUCUCAGGAGAAUAUCAUUUGUCCACAUAACCCCUUCAGAACUUAUUUCCUUUAGCAGUAUGAUACCAUGUGAACGGUCCUCUCGACACCUAUCAGAAAUUGCACUGCAGUAUGGAAAUGUGCAACUCUGAAUUAUUGAUGGCAAUCAAAAUCUUAGUGGACUUUUCAAUGAUCAUAAUAUGUGCAACUCUAUUUACGAUGUGAUGCAUUUUAGUACGUUUGUCAUCUCAACCUCUGUGGAACAUAAUGUACCUGUAUAUAUACUAUUUAUAACUAUUUCAUUCCUUCUAUGCUGUCACAUCAUUUCAAGUAGUGUCUAGACCUCUCUAAAUUGUACCGGUAACUCAAACUUUAACCAAGAGUGUCAAUGAAGUGGUUUGUUAACUAGGCUGGGUUUACAUAGACUUAACAUUGCCACUAGUCUUGUAACAUGUCAAUUUUGAGUUAGGCUGGGUAACAUAGAGUUAACAUUGAAAUUUGUAAUGUGUCUCUUUUGGUGGCCUGGAUUUACAUAGAAUUAACAUUGUCACGUGUAACAUGUCACUUUUCAGUUGGACCAGGUUUACAUGUAGUUAACAUGGUGAGCUGCAACACGUCACUUUUAGUGGAUUUACAUUGAGUUGAGGUUGUCACUUGUAACGUGGCAUAUGCAACAAGUCAUUUCUAAGUAGCUGGCUGUGUGGUCGUUCACUUGUCACUUUCACCCGCCACUCAUACUGUCUCGUUAUGUUUUGAAGUCGAAGUGAAUGACAAUGAACAAAUCAUCUCGUAUUCUAGUGGGUUACCGUACAUUAUAAUCUCGAUCUCGCUCUUGAUAUUUCAAAUGAAUGAUAUUUGUAUAAAGGAGUGGAAAAAAAACCCUGAAUCUCAGGAGGUGAACAAACAUCCAAGUGACAUGUGACACUGGAAAUGUGACUUCUAUGUAAUCCCAGUUUUACGUGUAUAAGUGCAUGUCGUGUCAAACUUCAAGGGAGUUAAGUAGGCAAAAAGGUGGACACUGUUUCAAUAUCUUUUCUCAAAGUCGUUGAUUACACUCUUUCAGGUAUACAUAGUGAAUAGGGUCCUCAACGAAGUAAAGAUGUUCAUCAGAAAAAUAAUUGAUUAUUGUUUAUACAUCUUGUAGCAUAAUGCUUUUCUGAAACCACUUUUGUAAACGUAUGCUAUUUCUAAUAUGUAGGCACGAAGUUAGUCUCUGUGCUUUAAUAAUGUGGUGCAUGAAUUAUUACACAAUAAGAUAGAACAUGAGUGUUGCCUUUGCUCAAAUGCUUUUGCUUCAAUGCCUCACCCUCUGCCAUUUGGAUAGGAAUAGGAAUAACGUAAGAUUAGGCCACACCAAUUUGAUAUCUCAUAUAGCAGGUCCACCGAUGAACCUAUUUCCCUAAAGAAACUUUUCUUAAAAUACACGCACCAAGUCGGUGCUCAGCGUAGUCAGAGACAGCACUCACCUGGUCACUUACACUUGCACAAUCUCAAGGGUUGCAUUGUCCACCACCAGACCACUGCAUUGGUGCAGACCCCCAUCAGUCCCUCUCCAAUAGUGAUUGCCAUAACUUUGGAGACAAUGGUCAGAAAUAAACUACAGAUGAUUCAAUAGUAACUACAGGAAAUGAUUAUUCAAUCUGAUAAAAUUUGAAUGUGAGCCUGAGCGACAUGUAAUAAAGCAAUUUGUUUAAAUCUGGUGCCUGAUUUACAUUUUCAUAUUUUUCGGUGUAUUUGAUUAACCCUAUAAGGUCUGUGAAUGAGUUUAUGUUGUUAAAAAUGUAGAUACAAUGAUCACUAAUGUAAACCACAAGCAUUUACAGCGUUAAGAGAAUUUUUUCCAUAGAAAUGAACUGAUGAAUUUCCAGGUGGAAUAAUGGGUGUAAUUUCUACAAGGAAGUCACCCUAUUAAAUAGCCGAUUCAGAUGGGUUUUUGUUUUUUCCAUGUAAUUACCAUGAAGCUUUUUCAUACUGUCACAUUAGUGAGAGCAUGCUGUAAUUUAUGCUUCUUCCCCUUGAAGGGGUUGGAUCAUCAAUAUAUGCCGAGAUCAAUUUCAUUUGUGAGGGGUGCCCCUAUUUUUUAAAGUUCUAAAUUUUUCUGAAAAAAGAUUUCUAAGGAUUUCUCAUGUCCAUGGAAGUCCUCAAGUUUCUCAAGUCAUGCAUGAGUCUAUAAAGUUUUUGAAAAUAAGCAACGCUGACCUUUAUAAGUGUAUAUUGAUGAGAGGUUUUAAUUUCAAAUGUGUUGUUGGCUUCUAAACCAAUAAAGUAAAUUAUAUGUCAUGAUCGAUGCAACUUUGUAUAAUAAAAUAUGAA